CAAAGCAGAAGAAGAAUUACGUGUCGUCACACACCCGGUAGUCAUGUUCAUUCAUUCUACCGGUUUCUUCUUCAAGUUGUGGUCGUAUCGCAUCCCAUGGUAACACUCUCUUCUCGACGCACGAGAGAUGUUGCUGCUGGUGCUGGGUGCCCUCCUCCUGCUCUUCUGCAGUCUGGAUGUGUGGUACUUCCUACGGGGGGUCCAGGUGUUCUUCCAGGCGUGGUUCCAACCCAGAAUAUGGGACUUGCUGGCUGAGCAAACCAUUGAUGGCAUGGUCCUUCCCCAUGAUUUGGACUACAUGGGCCACAUGAACAACUCCCGAUAUCUAAGGGAGUGUGACUUUGCCCGCUUCCACCAUUAUAUGCGAAACGGGCUGCUAAUGGCCUCACGCAAACUGGGAGCCAGAAUGGUGGUAGGGGCCUCCACCAUCCGGUACCGGCGCUCCCUGGCCUUCUGUGAGGCUUUUGAGAUUCGGACCAAAAUAGUGGGAUGGGACGAGAAGGCGUUUUACGUGGAGCAGCGGUUUGUGUCCAAGAAAGAUGGUUUUGUCUCUGCUAUCAUGCUUUGCAGACAGAACGUGGUGCACUGCAGUCCAGAGAGCAUUAUUGAGUUUGUCUGCAAAAGAAAGAUUGUGUGCCCUGAGUUUCCUGAAGAACUCCAACAUUGGAUCAGCUUCAUUUCAGCCAGCAGCCAGGCACUGAGAGCCGAGAGCGGCCUGGAAGAGAAGAACAAGUAAAGCCCCACACCGUGUAUCAUGAGUGUAGGCCCACAUAUAAUUUGCAUUCCACGCACAUAUACAGUAAACAUACAUGCACACAAGCAGUUAAACAUCAUAGAAAGUUUUUAAUUUUACUUACAAUAUUCCGUUUAUCUCCGUUUUUAGUGUGCUCCUUCUUGCUGUGUAUUUUUGAAUGAUUUGAACAGAAAUACUCAACUUGUUACAAAACUUGACCUGUAAGGUAUUCCAUAUUUGAAAUGCACUAUAUGCAUCGGGAUCAUAUUGAAAGUUCUCUCGGAAUAAAGUGACGCAAGAAUGUAACUUUAUUCUUGCAGCUUAUAAACCGACGUCUUCAUCUCAUUUUAGCAAAAUCCUCUAAAUUCAGAUAAGCAUGCAGAGCAAAAGUUAAUCUUCCACUGACAUCAAUGCAUGUUUUUAAACAGACCCAGUCUCUUUUGUGCCUGUUUCUCCUGAUUAACCGUAGUUUACAGUUAUAACUUCAGAGAAUUAUAACUUUUUACAA